AUGGAUAAAAAACCGGGGCAUACGAAGGUCAAAGUUGUUGUAAGGGUAAGGCCGGCAUUGAGUUUGGAUGUCCAGGCUUGUGUCAAGGUUGCAGGAAACAAAGUGUCCAUUCAGAAUCACAGAAACAAAGAUGAAAGCUUGCAGUAUGAGUUCAGCAGUGUGUAUGGGGAGACCAAAACACAGAGUGAUGUCUUCAGUGACUGCGUCGAGCCCCUGUUGCUCUCCACACUGACCGGCCAGAAUGUCUCCAUAUUUGCGUAUGGUCCAACAGGAGCAGGUAAAACCCACACCAUGCUGGGAGUUAUGUCAGAUCCAGGGAUCAUCCCGAGAGUGGUCCGGUCAUUGUUUGCUUCCAUCCAGGCAGAGAAGGAUGCCAGCAGAGACCUCGGAGAUGUCUCCCCACAGCACACAGUCACGUUUUCUUACAUGGAAAUUUAUAAUGAGAAGGUCCAGGAUCUGCUGUCAGGCAAACAAGAUCUGCCCAUCAGAGAGGACUCCAACCACAACAUUUUUGUGGCUGGUCUGACAGAGAAGACCAUUGACAGCUUUGACACAUUCAAGAGUCAUUUUGAGCCCGCCUCCAGUAACAGAACUGUAGCUGCCACAAAGCUGAACGAGAACAGUAGUCGAAGUCACAGCAUUCUGAUGCUGAAGGUUCAUUGUAGGCUCCACAAAAAGCAGUACACGGGCAAGAUCUACCUCAUUGACUUGGCUGGGUCUGAGGACAACAGACGUACUGGCAACCAGGGCAUUCGACUAAAGGAAAGUGGAGCCAUAAAUAAAUCACUGUUUGUACUGGGUGAGGUGGUUGAUGCCAUUAAUCAGAACUUGCCUCGGAUUCCCUACAGAAACAGCAAACUGACACGACUGUUGCAAGAUUCUAUUGGAGGCAGUUGCCAGUCUGUGAUGAUCACAAACAUUGCCCCCGAACCACACUACUACUACGACACUUACUGCACUCUCAACUUUGCCACAAAGAGCAAGAGAAUUGUCAAUGUCAGUACUGUCAAUGUCAAGGAAGACAGCCCACCUAGUCAGCCCAAACCGACAGCAGCGGUGAAGCCCUGCAAGCGGAGAAGUUCCCUGGUGCCUGAAGUCAGCAGCAAGAAAUCCAGGCUGUCACUGUCAUCCAGCACAAACACUGCCGUGGCCUCAUCAUCAUCAUCUAGUUCUAUGUGUGCAGAUGUGACCUUGUCAUUUCCCAGUCCAUUAUUGCGGAGGCACAAAGAACUAGAGCUGGCCUAUGAGACCAAAUUAAAAGCAAUGGAUAAAGUAUUAAAGGAUUUGAAGAAAACAGCAGAUGACUGCUUGGGCCUGGAUCGGGUUGCUGUUCAACCAAACACCCCGGCACGUUCUCAGCGAUCAUCUCGUAGUUCUGGAGCAUCACCUGACAUUGUUUUCUCGACUCCAAAUAUUCAGGCAAAAGCUGGGAAGCUUGUCGACAGCACCAACUUGUGGCGCCAACAUGUAGAUACGAUGAUGAAGAAAAGCAACAGAUUGAAACUCAAGAAGACAAAGCCAGAAGAGCCAAGCUUAAGUCCCCUGUUCCCAGAUUCUCCUGUUGUGUGUAAAAAGACAAUACAAGAGUUGAGUACCAAGUUCAGCAAUAACAACGAGCAGUUCCACCGAAAUUCCGAGUUUCUGAACCUACUGAACAACGCCAGCGUCCGACAGCUGCAAGAACUGCAGACGGUGGGUGUCAAGAGGGCCAAAGCUAUCUACGAUUGGCGCCAGCUGCAUGGCCACUUUAACUUUGUUGAUGAGCUGCUGCAGGUGCCAGGUUUUACUGACAAGUACAUCCAAAAGUUAUUGCAG